CUGGAGGUGGCAUCGGCUCUUUUUACAGGUCGUCUGUUGUUUUGAGCCCCGGAGGCGUCGGACCGGUCCGGCAGGUUUGUGCGGGCCAGCUCAGGUGAGGGGAGGGCGGUGUGAAGCAGGGCGGGGAGCCGCCGCAGACGGAGAGGAGCAGGAAGAGGAGCUACUGCUCGGAACAAACAUGGUUCGGUGACGGACGGCUCUUUAUACCGCGUGUGAAACCCGUUCAGAGCUCUAUCGGAACUUCUACAGGUCGUUGGGAAACACCUGAGGUGCCAAGAUGAGUCAGCGGCGUGCAAACCCGCACGGCUCCAUGCUGCCGAACGAUGAGGUGAUGCCGUACAGCGACGAUGAGACGGACGACGAGCUGGACGAGAGCGAAGAGAGCGAAGAGGAGGAGCAGGAGGAAGCACCGGAUCAUCCUCCAGAGGAUACGGCCAGAGCCCCUGAAAUCGGCUGGAAGGUGAAGGUCAACGACAGAGCGUACCACCAGCUGCCAGAGUUUCAAAAGAAGGUCUUCCUGUGCAUAAAGAAGAGCAGAUACUCUGGAAAUGCCAUCAAAACGUACAAGUACAACGCCUUCACCUUCCUUCCACUGAACCUGUACGAGCAGUUUAAGAGGGUGGCCAACAUCUACUUCCUGGCUCUGCUCAUCUUACAGAUUAUUCCGGAGAUUUCGACCCUUCCCUGGUACACCACGCUGAUUCCUCUGGUUAUCGUAUUAGGAAUCACUGCAAUCAAAGACCUCGUUGACGAUCUGGCACGUCACAGGAUGGACAAAGAAGUCAAUAACAGGAAGUGUGAUGUUCUGCUAGAUGGCAGGUUUAAAGAAACAAAGUGGAUGGACAUCCAGGUUGGAGAUAUAGUUCGCAUCAAGAAAAAUGAAUUUAUCCCGGCUGACAUCCUGUUGUUGUCCAGCUCCAACCCAAACAGCUUGUGUUAUGUAGAGACAGCUGAGCUUGAUGGAGAAACCAACCUGAAAUUUAGGAUGGGUCUCCGUGCGACGGAUGAGAGACUGCAGGAGGAGAACCAGCUAGCGAGGUUCGACGCUCUAAUCGAAUGUGAGGAGCCUAACAACCGUCUGGACAAGUUCACCGGGAUGAUGUUGUGGGAUGACGAGCGUUAUCCGCUGGAACUGGACAACAUGCUGCUGAGAGGCUGCAAAGUCCGAAACACCGACUACAGCCACGGGGUGGUGAUCUUCGCAGGAGCCGACACUAAAAUCAUGAGGAACGGUGGCAAAACGAGGUUCAAGAGGACCAAAAUUGACGAACUGAUGAACUACAUGGUUUACACGAUCUUUGCUCUGCUCAUCCUGGUGGCAGCCGGUCUGGCCAUUGGUCACACCUUCUGGUACGAGCAGAUCGGAUCCAAGGCCUGGUAUCUGAAUGACGGUAAAAGCUACGACGCCUCCUACAGAGGCUUCCUCAGCUUCUGGGGUUACAUCAUCGUCCUCAACACCAUGGUGCCCAUUUCACUCUAUGUCAGCGUGGAAGUGAUCCGUCUGGGCCAGAGCAAAUUCAUCAACUGGGACCUGCAGAUGUACUAUGCAGAGAAGGACACACCAGCUAAGGCCCGAACGACCACCCUAAACGAGCAGCUCGGGCAGAUCCAGUACAUCUUCUCUGACAAGACGGGAACUUUGACGCAGAACAUCAUGCAGUUUAAGAAGUGUACCAUCGCGGGGCGAAGUUACGGAGAACCAACCACUAAAGAAGGAGUGAAGCUGGAAAAAAUAAAGCCGGUGGACUGGGGCUGGAACAACCUCGCGGACAAGAAGUUCGAUUUCGUGGACCACUUACUGGUUGAGCUGAUUAAAUCCAAGAAGGACAAAGAUGCUCUGGAGUUCUUCAAGCUUCUCUCGCUCUGCCACACAGUCAUGGUGGAGAACAACGACGGCGAGCUGGUGUAUCAGGCUGCGUCUCCUGACGAGGGCGCUCUUGUGACGGCGGCCAGGAAUUUCGGCUACGUCUUUCUCUCCCGAACCCAGGACACGAUCACCAUCUCGGAGAUGGGACAUGAGAAGACCUACGAGAUGCUGGGGCUGCUCGACUUCAAUUCCGACCGCAAGCGCAUGUCUAUCAUCUUGAAGUUUCCCGACGGCCGUAUUCGUCUGUACUGUAAAGGAGCCGACACGGUCAUCUAUGAGCGACUCUCCCCGAACAGCAGACACAGGGACACCACCCAGACCGCCCUGGAUUUGUUUGCAAACGAGACCUUGAGGACACUCUGCCUGUGUUACAAAGACAUCAGCGUCAGCGAGUUUGAGGCUUGGUCCCGGAAACACAAGGAAGCCCAGGUGGUCAUGGUGAACCGAGAAGAAGCCCUGGACAGAGUUUACGAGGAGAUCGAGAAGGACUUGAUGCUGAUUGGGGCAACCGCCAUCGAGGAUAAGCUUCAGGAAGGAGUUCCAGAGACCAUCUCCAAACUGGCCAAGGCUAACAUCAAGAUCUGGGUCCUCACUGGCGAUAAGAAAGAGACGGCAGAAAACAUCGGGUAUUCCUGCUCCCUUCUGACAGAUGACAUGCAGAUCCACUAUGGAGAAGAUGUUAACACAAAGCUGAGGACCCGUCAGGAAAAAAGAAGAAAUGAACCUCCAUCAUCGUUUCGACCCGGCAAGAAGAAGCCUGCUGAACUUUUCUUCCCUGGAUCUGGCAAAAAUGCUCUCAUCAUCACUGGAGGAUGGCUGAACGAGAUUCUUUGUGAGCAGAAGAAGAAACGCCGCAGGCUUCGUCUUCGCCGUUUAGGAAAGAGACAAACUCCCAGCAACCCCCAGGAUCCGAUGAACGACUGGGAAAAGGAAAUGAGACAAAUAGACUUUGUGGACAUGGCCUGUGAGUGCGAAGCAGUGAUCUGCUGCCGCGUCACACCGAAACAAAAGGCUAACGUUGUGAGUUUGGUGAAGAAGUACAAGAAGGCCGUGACGCUGUCCAUCGGAGACGGAGCCAAUGACGUCAACAUGAUCAAAACUGCAGACAUCGGCGUGGGCAUCAGCGGUCAGGAGGGGAUGCAGGCCGUCAUGUCCAGCGACUACGCCUUCGCCCAGUUCCGUUACCUGCAGCGCCUCCUGCUGGUGCACGGUCGCUGGUCCUACAUCAGGAUGUGCAAGUUUCUGCGUUUCUUCUUCUUCAAGAACUUCGCCUUCACCCUGAUCCAUUUCUGGUAUUCCUUCUUCAGCGGAUACUCCUCUCAGGUCGCCUAUGAAGACUGGUUCAUCACGCUCUACAAUCUGGCCUACAGCAGCUUACCGGUUCUUCUUGUUGGACUCCUCGAUCAGGACGUGAACGACAGACUCAGCCUGAAGUUCCCAAAGCUCUAUCUACCUGGCCAGCAGGGGUUGCUGUUCAACUACAAGAAGUUCUUCAUCAGCCUGUUCCACGGCAUCUUCGUGUCUCUCACCCUCUUCUUCAUCCCGUACGGCGCGUUCCUGCAGACCAUGGGUCAGGACGGAGAGGCUCCCUCUGACUACCAGUCCUUCGCUGUUGUCACCGCCUCGUCUCUGAUUUUCACCGUGAACCUGCAGAUCUCUCUGGACACGUCGUAUUGGACCUUUGUGAGCUGCUUCGCCGUUUUGGGGUCCAUAGCCAUCUACUUCGGGGUCAUGUUUGACAUCCACAGCGCGGGGAUCCAUGUUAUCUUCCCAUCGGUGUUCACCUUCACAGGUGCAGCGUCGAAUGCCCUGCGUCAGCCCUAUCUGUGGUUAACCAUCAUCCUGACGGUGGGGAUCAGUCUGCUGCCCGUCGUCUGCAUCCAGUUCCUCCAUAAAACCAUCUGGCCCUCGGUCGGAGACAAGGUCCAGAGGAACCGGAGGAAGUACGAGAUGCAGCUGGAGGAGGAGGAGAAGAAGACGAAGCCCUCAGCUUUCCAACGAGGCAGAGCUUCCCGUCGCUCCGCCUACGCCUUCUCCCACACGCCCGGCUACGCCAACCUCAUCUCCAGCGGCCAGAGCAUCCGCCGGCGCACGACCACGCACGGCGGGAACCAGGACGGGAGGCCUCCUGCCCGGAGACGGGCGGACAACAUCUGAGCCGAGGCCCGAGAGGGAGCAAAGCUGCAGCUGGAGGAGCUGGAAGUGUCUGGAGGACUUUAUUUCUGUGGAUCCGCUGAAACAAGUCGGUCCGUUUUUAGCUUUUGAAAGAUGCCCAGAGGGAGAAGAGAAGUGCCGACUGAAGCCCUCCUGCUUUGGGCUUUGCUCCAUCUGGGCACAAACUGAUGACUUGAAACACUCACCGAAGAGAUGGCCGCCGUUACCGGGGCUUUGAGGUCACCUGCGUGACUGACAAUGUCGUUUAACUCAGGAUUAUUUUUAAAUGAGAGCCUUAUUUUUUAGUAAGAUGGCCGCCGCUGUAGCGGGAUUUAGGGUCGUAGCCUUGGGCAGUUUUAGCCGCGCGUCCACUGAGCACUUGACUUUUAACUUUCCCGUAAAGUUCUGUUACGAUUCUGUCCGUUGAGCCCAAACGGUUUCCUUCAGCAUAAAACUGCAACGUAAGGCUAAAAUAUAUUUUCUUAAGUUUUAUUCUAAGUAGCGGUGGAAUGUUAUUAUUGCCAGACUGUGCGAGGUGUUUCUUAGAAAGUGUCUUAAUUUAAAUAUUGGUUGUGAAUUCAGUUUUUGUAUAUUUUGUUACGUGUGCUAAAACACGAUUUCUAAUCAACUCCAGGAACCUUUUUUUCUCCUUAAAUGGCUUUUUAACAGUUAUUUCCUGAUAAGUUUGGAUUAUUGUUCUUUACCUCAUAUUUUACAGCUUUUUUUCCCUGUAAAACUCUCUAGGAUUUUAUUUACAAUUUAAAGAUGAACUCAGAUUCAUAUCUUAGAUUCGUUGGUGGAAAAACGUAACGUUAUUCUUUUUUUUAAUUAAAAGUUUAAUCACAUGUUAACUCACUCAGAAAAAAAAUAAGAAUUUUCUGUGUCUCACUUGUUUACUUGGCUGAGAUGUUCCUUGUCUUAUUUUUCCAGGUCUGUCAUCAGAUUUAAGGCAUUUGGGGCAGACUGCUGAGCCAAAAGCUGAUAAUAAUAAUUCAGGUUCUGAUUGUUCGCCUCAUGUUGAUGUUCAUUACGGUUACCUGAACAACGGUCGCUCACCUGGUGACAGGUUCUGUAUGUGAUGCAAUUUUAUCCUUUGGUUGUUAAUAAAAGCCAGCGGCACAGUUAGCAAUCUGA